CCACUAGUAGUGUACACACAAUGUUUAAGCGUUGAUUCGGAAAUUUUUUUAUAAAUACUAUUUGUUUACCUUGAUUAAAUAGUUGUCAAAAUGUGGAACAAACGGUCUCUACAAAAUUGGAAGUAUCACAACACCAAUUUAAAUAUAAAUUAAUUACUGUAUUGCAAGUUUCUGUGGGCAUCGGCUUAAUAAACGUUCAGUACUCCUACAUAUAUGUUUUGUGAUACUGUUGGAAAACCAAGUUUACUUACGGACUGAAAAUGUAAUGAUGUUUAAUGUUAUGGAGAAUUGAUGCUCUAAAAUCACUGAAAGUUGAUCAGAAAAUUAAACAUAUAAACUAUAAUAAUAAAUAUGCUGCGAAAAGACUUCUUUUGUGCGGACUUUUCAACAAUAUUUUAUGGGCUGUGCAUUAUCACCAUAUUUAGUUGGCGACAUCAAUCCGUUACCUGUGUAAAAGAUUUGCCGGCACAGGUGUCGUUUACCUCAAAUGACAUCGUCGCCCAAUUUAACUUGCCUUCAACAUUGGCCCCAUUAACAGCAUCCAACCAUGGAAAUCGUUCAAAAGGAAAUAACAUCGAAACUGGCGGAGACUAUCAAUCUAAAAACUAUUUCACGCAUCUCAGCUUUGAUUUUAUGCACAAUGUAUUGUUUGCGGGUGCCACAAAUAAAAUACUUAAACUUAACGAAAACCUUCGAGUGCUGUCUGAGGCUGUUACUGGACCUGUAAAUGAUUCACCGCAAUGCCAUGCAGGAGGCUGCCCGGACGAUAUAGAGACAUCGUUGGUCAACAAUUACAACAAAAUUCUAGUAGUAAGCUACGCUAACGAUGGCAUUCUUAUAUCGUGUGGUAGCAUUCGACAAGGAGCAUGCGAAAUCUACAGCCUGCCACGGUUCCCAGCAACGCCUCAGUUUUUUGCUGUCCCAUUGGCUGCUAACGAUGAAAAUGCAUCUACGUAUGCAUUUGUAGGUCCGUCAAGGUAUUCAUGGAAAGAGGAAGAUAUAUUAUAUGUAGGGACCACAUUUACAAACGUUGGUGAUUAUCGUCAUGAUGUGCCUGCCAUUUCGUCCCGUCGCCUUGAUGAUUUAAACUACGCAGAGUUUUCAAUACAGCAAUCAAUUAUAAAUAUCGAUGUUAAAUAUCGGGAUCAUUUUUUGGUCGACUACGUUUAUGGAUUUAAUUCUUCUGAGUAUGCGUACUUUGUUAUUGUUCAAAAAAAAUCACAUUUGGCAGAUGAAGCAGGUUAUGUAACCCGUUUGGCACGUAUAUGUAUAACAGAUCCUAAUUAUGACAGCUACACUGAAAUAACUGUUCAAUGUACGGCAACUGAAAACAACAUCGACUAUAAUAUAAUACGUGAUGCUAAGGUAACCCCAGCCAGCCAAAAGCUAGCUCAGAAAAUGGGAAUAAAAAAAGAUGAUCACGUGUUAGUCACUGUGUUUUCGCCGUCGAAAGAGAUAAGCGAUCAGCCAGAAAGCAGAUCGGCUAUGUGCAUAUAUAGCAUAAAGGACAUUGAAGAUAUGUUUAUUGAAAAUAUUCACCUGUGUUUUAACGGAACCAUUAAGGAUCGAAAUUUGGGUUAUAUAUCAGGCACUAUUAAUGAUGGAAGAUGCCCAAUAGUUGGUUCGCUGGGUAACAUUUACAACUUUUGCUCUGUUGGACUUAAGAUUAGCGGAGUAUCCCCUAUCACUACCCAUGCGCUCUUUCAUUUUGAAAACGUGUCCAUUACGUCAGUAACUGCUACUUCAACGACUGAUCAGCAACAUUCUCUGGCUUUUCUUGGAACUGACAUGGGAGUAAUAAAAAAAGUUUUAUUGUCUGGACAAAGUCCAGGUGAGUAUGAAGAAAUAGUUGUAGAUGCUGGAAACCGUAUACUACCAAAUACAAUGAUGUCACCAAAAAAGGAUUUUCUUUACGUUCUAUCUCAACGGAAAAUAACAAAGCUUAGAAUUGAGCAUUGCUCUGUAUACACAAAUUGUUCAGCUUGCCUGGAAUCGCGGGAUCCUUUUUGUGGAUGGUGCUCCUUGGAAAAACGGUGCACUGUGCGAUCAACUUGUCAACGAGAUACAUCAGCAUCACGUUGGCUAUCAUUGGGCAGUGGACAGCAAUGCAUUGAAUUUGAAUCCAUCAUCCCAGAAAAAAUUCCAAUCACUGAGCUAACAAAUUUGCAUUUAAUAAUUCGAACAUUGCCUGAACCUUUUAAUGCAAAGUAUCGAUGCGUUUUUGGAAAUUCUACGCCUAUUGAUGCCGAAAUUCUGGACAAUGGACUUGGAUGUGCUACGCCCCCACUUGAUGAGAGACCAGUUAUUCCAGCUAAUACUGACCACGUCUCGGUGCCAUUGUCAGUAAGAAGUUCUGAGACAAAUAAGGACUUUGUAUCAAGAUAUUUUGCAUUCUUUGACUGUUCACAUCAUGGAAAUUGUCAAGAAUGUGUGCGCAGUUCUUGGGGCUGCAAUUGGUGUAUUUUUGACAACAAAUGUGUCCACAAAUCAAUGCAAUGUCGUAAUAUAGAAGUCGCUAUAAGUGCUGUUGGGCAAUGUCCACAUUUGAAAAAGAAUCGUCCUGCUAUUCUUUUACCAGUGCGGGUUCCGAAAGAAAUUCGGCUCGAAAUUGAAAACUUACCGAAACCCAAAAGCGCUCAUGCAGGUUUCUUGUGCACAAUUCAUAUUGAAGCCGCUCAGAUGCUACUGCCAGCGCACAUUGAGUCAAACAAAAUUGUUGUGUGUGAGAAAACGCCAUAUUUCUACGAGACUAAUACACAUGAGUACCAGGCAAAGGUUGUAGUUACUUGGAAUUUUCAACACUAUGUAGACACAGCAAUCGUAACAUUGUACAAGUGCGACGUACUGGGCUCUCAUCGCGAUCAUGCUGACUGUAGUUUAUGUGUCACUCGUAACCCAAAAUAUAAAUGUGCCUGGUGCAGCAACUCAUGUGUAUAUAAUGAGACUUGCAUAGCAGACAGAACCUCUAUCAGCGGGGGAUCUAGAAUGGUUAUAGAAAACGAGUGUCCUUUACCCAGGAUCGAUAUAAUUAAACCGUUAUCGGGACCUAUUGAGGGUGGCACCCUUAUUACAAUUGAAGGCAGUAAUUUAGGUAUUCGCGAAGAGGACGUUCGUGGUAAAAUAUUUAUCGGAUCGGUACCCUGUGAACUCGUAAAUUACCAAAUAUCUGUUAAGAUUGAAUGCCGCACUGGAGCUGCGUUGUAUGAAAUGUCAGCACCUAUAAAAGUAGCAAAUGAUGCAGGGUAUACUGAAUCAAGUGUACAAUUUCAUUUUAAGAAUGUGCUGUUAACAGGGCUAUAUCCUACGAUUGGACCCAGAUCGGGAGGAACACAAUUGUCAUUAAUAGGAAAGUUUUUGAAUAUUGGUUCAACUAUGCGUGCAUUUUUAGAUGAGUAUGAGUGUCAUAUAAAUGUUACACAAGCUUCGUCUUCCCAAGUUAGCUGUACUACAUCAGAGGCGACGCAGCCAGAACCAAUACGGUCACUUCACCUAGUUAUUGAUGGUGCCAACCGAACAUUAGAGUGUCAGGUAUCUGCUCCAAGUAUUACCAAUAAAAAUUCGGCACGAAGUAACUUUGCUUCCUAUCAAUUCCGUACGCCUCUAAGGCAGCCAUGUUCCAUUUUUAAUUAUACUCAGGACCCGCGAAUAAUGCAAAUAAAACCUCUACGCAGUUUUGUAAGUGGUGGUCGCGUUUUGACUGUACAUGGAAUAUAUCUCGAUUCCAUUCAAAAACCUGAACUUGAGGUUUUCUUUGACAACGAACGAAUAAACAAAACGUCUUGUUUUGUCAUCAACUCAAAUCUAAUGGAAUGCCCAUCUCCUCCCGUGAAUCAUAAAUUUCAAAACUUUAAAAAUACCAACAAGUUGCUGAAUUCGGAAUCGGACUAUAAAAAUUUUUCUUCGUCAACUGAAAGUGGAUUUGAAAUUGAAGUGGGUAGGCAAAAGAGAAGAGCUGCCACCGUGGAAAACUUUCACGUAUACACAACUGGAGGAACUGCAUCUACCUAUUUUGUCAAUAAUAAUGUGGAUGUUACAACUUUUGUAAAGGUUCAUGAAACUCAACUAAAUUUACAACUAAGCUUUGUAAUGGACAAUGUACAGCUGGUCCGAGACUUGAAUAAAUAUUUUCACGAUAUACGAAGCACUAUAGUUUAUUUAGCCGAUCCCAAAUAUUUGCCUUUUCCUAACGACGGCAUUAAACUUUACAAGGGUGACAGCUUGGUCAUAGAAGGCGAGCUUUUAAAUUUAGCAGCUGAUGAAUAUGACGUUAAUGUAACUAUUGGUACCACUCAGUGUAACAUUACCAGUUUGGCACUUACCCAACUUUUGUGCAUUCCGCCGGAGCAGCAACCACUACCAACUGAUGAAAAUGGUGUAGAUCAAUCUACUGAUUUACCUCUGGUUGUAGUGAAAGUAGGUCGUAAUCUGCGUUUCGUCAUAGGAUAUUUGAAAUAUGAUUUAAAUAAACCUUAUGUCUUCUCACAUGCAUUGCUUGUCGUUAUGUUAACGGUAGCAGUUCUUGUCAUUGUUCUGGUUAUCGUGCUCAUAAUAUUUAGAAGGAAAUCUACACAAGCAGAACGUGAAUACAAACGCAUUCAGAUUCAAAUGAUUACCUUGGAAAGCAAUGUACGUUCUGAGUGUAAGCAGGCAUUUGCUGAGCUUCAGACGGACAUGACCGAUCUAACCGCAGAUUUGGAGAGCACUGGCAUACCGACGUUGGAUCACGUCAACUACAUUAUGAAGGUGUUUUUUCCCGGUGUAUCCGAUCACCCCAUAUUAAAUUCGCCGAAAUUUCGUGGAAGUAGCCCACACACAAACUAUGAUGCUGCUAUGAUGCAAUUUGAACAACUCAUCGGUAAUAAAUAUUUUUUACUAAUGUUCAUUGAAACUUUAGAGGCUCAAAGGUCAUCAUUCUCAAUUCGAGACCGAGUGAACGUCGCUUCAUUACUUAUGGUUGUUCUGAUGAACAAAAUGGAAUAUGCCACAGAAAUCUUGAAGUCCCUUUUAUUGCGUUUAAUUGAUAAAUCACUUGCCACCAAACAUCCUCAGUUAAUGCUACGGCGCACUGAGAGCGUAGUUGAAAAAAUGUUAACCAAUUACUUAGCAAUUUGUAUGUAUGAUUACCUAAAGGAGUAUGCUGGAUCUAAUUUAUUUUUGCUGUUCAAGGCAAUCAAGCAUCAAAUUGAAAAGGGCUUAGUCGACGCAAUUACCCACGAUGCUCGUUACUCACUUUCAGAAGAACGGCUCCUCCACGAACAAGUUACUCACUCUGUGGUCAUUUUGCAUAUUUUACAAGAUGAUCUUGAUGAAAAGGUCCAAUGUCGCGUUAACGAUUGGGAUACCAUUUCUCAAGUCAAACUAAAAAUUCUUGAUGCAAUUUUUAAAAAUACUCCGUUUUCUAUGAGACCAUCUGUAUACGAAGUAGACUUAGAAUGGAGACACGGUCGAGGAGGUCAUCUUACAUUACAGGAUGAAGACUUAACCACAAAAACUAUAAAUGGGUGGAAACGCCUUAAUACUUUGGCUCAUUAUGGAGUUAAAGAAUCUGCUGUUAUGUCUCUUAUAGCAAGACAAAAUGAUAAUUAUCAUAUACCCUAUAGUAAAAACCAAAAUCCUGCUCCAUACCACAAUUUUUAUUUUAUAAAUAAUUCGCAAAGCCAUAUUAUAAUUAAUAAUGACAUUGAGUCAGGGUUACAACAGCCUCGACUUUACCAUCUUAUUAAGCCUAUAAUACCUGACCAUUAUAUGAACAUUAAAAAUUCGGCCUUAUCUGGAGCAACACCAGUAUUGCAACCAUCGCAUUGCGUAAAUAAUUGCAAUGAGAGGGUGAACAAAACGAUUCCAGAAGUCUAUUUAACACGCCUUUUGGCAACUAAAGGAACUAUACAAAAAUUUGUUGAUGAUUUUUUCUCAAUUAUUUUAACUGUUAAUGAGGAGUUACCACCUGCUGUGAAAUGGCUCUUUGAUUUACUAGAUGAGGCUGCGCGGCGUCAUGAUAUUGCUGAUUCUGAUAUUGUGCACGCUUGGAAAUCAAAUUGUUUACCCCUUCGAUUCUGGGUUAAUUUUAUAAAAAACCCAGAUUUUAUUUUUGACGUAAAUAAAACGUUUUGUGUGGAUUCCUGUUUAAGUGUCAUUGCGCAAACUUUUAUGGAUGCCUGCUCAACUUCAGAACACAGACUUGGAAAGGAUUCUCCGUCGAAUAAAUUGCUUUUUGCAAAAGAUAUUCCAAACUAUAGAAUUAUGGUUAAAGAAUUUUACCGAGACGUAUCAAGACUUCCACAAAUAAGCGACCAGGAAAUGAGUACAGCUAUGCAACAACUAUCAGUAAGGCAAAAUGAAGAAUUUGAUACCAUUUCUGCAUUAAAGGAGCUAUACAUUUAUGUAACCAAAUAUAAAGAUCAGAUUAUGGAAGCACUUGAAAGCGAUAUAAAUUGUCGGAAGAUGCAACUUUCCCGAAAAUUAGAAAAUGUUGCUGGUACACUCGACGGCGACGAAACAUCUAAUUGCUGACAUAAACAUGCCUUUUUAAAAAUUGUUUGGAUUUUAAAAUGUAUUACAUUUCAAUUUAGUUUUUACUGCUAACAAAAUUAAUUUCUUGUCAUUACAAAAAAAUGACUGGCGUGAAAUAUAGGUUAAUGUUCAUAGCGUGCACAGAAAUAGGCAUUAUAAUUUUUUUCAAAAAGGACAUAAAUGUACAAGAAAAAGGCUUUGUAAAAUAAGAUUAAUCUCCUUUCGAUAUUAUUGCGAAGAGAAAAUACACAACAUUUUUGUAGAAUUACUGAUCAAUUUCAAACUUGAAUGUUUACACUUGUAUUUUAUUGCAUUUUAUAUAGUAAGGUAAACUAAGUAAAAAGGCCUUUUAUGAAUAAUUUAUAUUAUAAACUCUUAUAGAAGGGCCUACUGUAAAAAACAAGUUUAAAUAUAAUGAUUCCGAUGAAUCAAAAUUUCUUGAGAAAAUCAGUGUAUAAUUUCGUGUGUAAACUAGUUCAUAAAAUUUUUGAUUAUCCGAAUUCGUAUCUAGGCGGGAUUUCUUUUUAACUUUUAAAGAGAUCUCUAAAUUGUAACUUUAUCAUUACCCACUUUCACAUCCUUUGUGGGUGUCCUUUUUUGAUUUUCAAAAUUUUGAAAACUUUCCACAAUAGAUUGAGAUUAAAAAGAAGAAAAACUUGCACUUAACUUUGCAAAAAUGACUUAUUUUUGAAAGGUUUGGAUAGGUUUUUUCACUUUAUUUAAACAUAAUUGAUUUUCCUUUCUUUGUAAAAAAUUAAAACACCUCGAGAACGGUAGAAAAAUGUCCAGUCUCGCAAAUUCUGAGUGCAGUUACCAGUUGUUGUUGAGCUGUUAUAACUCUUGCGACAACUGUCAACACCAAUUACGCAGAAUAACUGUCAAUUUCCUUGGUAAGAUGAUCGUACAGGUAUAUUUUUGGUUGGGGCCGCCGUUGUCUAUGUAUUAUGAGCUGCUCCAACCAAACGAACAAGUCCCAGGACUCGUUCAGUAAAGACUAUUAAGUCGUUAAAUUCCAACAUUGUGAGAAAAAGGCUCAUAAGCAAAUAAAAAUAUAAGAAAAGCGAAAAUUUGUGACUUGUUUUUAACAUUGAAUUCGUAACCAAUUUCUCACAAGGAAUCUUAAAUGUCCUCAAAGAAAUCAAGCUAACUUAUUUAAACAACCAUCAAAAACUCAUAACAGUUGUAUUUCUAAGGUCGCAACCCAUCGUGAAUAAUUUGUAUUGCUUUUCUUGGGAAACAGGAAAAUACACAACUCGAGUUUUUAAUUUAACCGAAAAGCUUAACCGUCUACCGCAUGAGCAUGGAAAUUAUAAAGAAACAUUUUUUUGUAAAAUAGUAUGUGUUUAUUUAGGUAAAAAAAACAUAGAUUAAUUUUAUGUUCACCUGCUUGAGACGGUUGCACAAAACUUUAGACAAACAACAGCAACACAAAAUGGUUCUAUAAUUCCAACAGAAAAUAGUGCAAGGAGAAUAACUAAUAAUAUUUCGAUCACCGUAUUAUUGAAGUUAUUGAAGGUAUGAAGCCAUAUAUAGUUUUGUAUGCGGUAGAGGGUAAAAGUUUGAUCUAUUUGCAUUACGAAUCGUAUAUUUGAUUGCGAGAGUGACUGGUAAUUCAUCAAACUAUAAACGAUUUUUUAAAAUAAAAUGAAUUUCUUUCUGAAUCUGUUGUGCAUUUUACCUUCGUGGUAGUAACGUAUGUAUAAUUUUUUAGUAAGCUAGGAACUGAUCAAUGAAUCUCUAUAACAACAAAAUCUGUAAUCACUUUAAGAUCAAAACUGUUAAUAAAUAUAUUAAUACUACAUAUAAUAAGUCUAUAAAAGAAUAAAUGAAGUUGAAAUAUAUCCUUUCUCUCGAACAACGAAGAACCUCGAUGUAGAAUAACUUUGCGGCAGAUAAUAAUUAUCUUUCGACCACGAUUCUCUUUUAAUGUCAAUUAAAAUACACAAGUUGUAAAAGAAUGGGUAAAGUGGAAAAAAAUAAACGAAUAUAAAAUAUUACUACAUUUUUAA